AUGUGGUUCGGUAACCAGGAGUACAGUCGAUCGAAAGGAUCUUAUCUUCUUGCUGUUGUGUCUCUCCGAGAACAGUGUAAGAUGGCUGGAAGUGACGGCUCGUGGAAAUAUUACCUCUGGAUUCUGACAGCCAUGUGCCGAUACUCGUUACCCGCAGCCAAAUCACUGGAAUCUGUCGUGUGGAAUUCACAAAACCCCAAGUUUGUGUCUGGGAAGGGCUUGGUGAUCUACCCAGAAAUCGGUGACAAGCUGGACAUUAUCUGCCCCAGAGGGGAACUGGGGAGACCAUAUGAGUUUUAUAAACUCUACCUGGUGAAGAAAGAGCAGGCAGAGUCCUGCAGCACCAUACUGGACCCCAAUGUUCUGGUGACCUGCAACAAACCAGAUAAAGACAUCAAAUUCACCAUCAAGUUCCAGGAGUUCAGUCCAAACUACAUGGGACUUGAAUUCAAACGCUUGACAAACUAUUACAUCACCUCAACUUCUAAUGGAACACGGGAAGGGUUGGAAAACAGAGAAGGUGGGGUUUGUAGCAUGAGAUCCAUGAAGAUCAUCAUGAAAGUGGGCCAAGAUCCAAACGCACCCGAUCCAGAUUUAACAGACCUCCCAGACCAGGACCGGGACAACGAGAUCAAGGACCCCACAACCAGCCCUUCCCGCAAGACAGAACGAGGCAAAGACCCAGAUAGAAAUGGAUCUAUAAUGCCCGGCAGCGACACAAGAAACCAGGGUAACAGCCCCGGGUCAGUGGAGGGAAUUUUCGGCUCCAAACCGGCCCUCUUCGCUGCCAUCGGCGCUGGCUGUGUCAUCUUCCUCCUCAUCAUCAUCCUCCUCAUCGUCUUGCUCCUCAAGCUUCGCAAGAGAACCCGCAAGCACUCACAGCCCAGGGGCGGGACAGCCCUGUCACUCAGCACUCUGGCCACGCCCAAAGGAGCCGCCCAGGCCGGCUCUGAACCGAGUGACAUCAUCAUCCCCCUGCGGACAACAGAGAAUAACUACUGUCCACACUAUGAAAAAGUCAGCGGAGACUAUGGGCACCCCGUCUACAUAGUGCAGGAAAUGCCACCCCAGAGCCCCGCCAACAUCUACUACAAAGUCUGAGAGAACGCGAGGGAAGCAACCGCAAUAAGAACUCGUUUUUGUAAGGUAUCCUGAAUCUUUUUUUCAUUACCUAACCCUGUUUGCUCCGUGUGCAAGAGGAUAGAGAGUGGAAGGAGUGGAAAAGAGGAUUGAAAAAGACUAUGCGGAUGAUAUUCCUCUCAGAUUUCCUUCCCUCCGUCCAUUUUCCGAACACUACACUGUGUGUACGUGUGUGUGCCGGUCGCUCUCGAUGUGUGUGAAACGGCAGAAAACCUCCCCAAAUUGUGUGGCACUCAGGCACGGACUUCACUGCUGAAGAACAGCCGACAACCAAUCACAGAGGGACACUAGAGUGACAUCAGAAAGCAGGAAGCUCUCAUUUGUGUUUUUUUUUUUUUUGUACCGUUGCAACUAUUCACUUAGUUUUGUUGUCUGUUUUUUCACCUCUCAGUCCAUCACAGUGUUUUGUUUUCAUCCGUAUCAACUCGAAUCUUGCAGCUUUCUCAGUGUCUCGUUCAAAGAUAAUGUCUUAAACUGUCAUGAAUGCCGCUCGCUUCCUCACACACUCAAUAUGUCCUCUCAUUCCCUUACGUCUCUCCAGACACCCAUUCAUUUUACUCUAUGCUGUAGAGGCAAUAGAACAAAACACACACUCAAACACACUUCGGUGUUCACGGGUCAGUAACAAAACAGCUUCUCGGUGGAAAAGCGAGUGAGUGAAAUAGGGAAUUUAACAUGUAUACACCAGUGUCAGACCUUCCUGAACUCCUGGUCUGCUUUUUGUUCAUUUGAGAACUGUUUAGGUUGAAUUUCUCUCUCCUCUCAGCCGAACACAAGCAGUUAUUUGCUGUCUGUUGUCAGUGAUGCGUGAAGUGCUGAAUAAUAUUUGUAUCUUGUCAUAAUAUUUUUUUUCUUAUUCUAUCUCCCAAAGGUUUGUAGGUCAAAAGCAUCUUUAGGGAUUUGCCUCUACACCAUGAGCCUAUGACCUCUUUUCAGUCACAGACAUGCUAAUGCGUUUCUUUGCAUAAUUUAGUCCACUAACAUGUCUUUUUUUGUGGUCCGUUUGGAUGUAGACAUGGACUCUUAACAGUAUGAUCAUGUGUAUGUAGAGUCCCAUGCGGAAGCCAAAAAUCCAUCGACAUACAGAACAUGUGAAAUUAUGCCUUCACCUCUCCCUCCUCUCAGAUAUGCACAAACAUUAUCCCUGUUUGCAUACAAACAACCAAUCCAUCCACAAAUCAGAGAAUCAAAACAAGCUCACCACAUCAUCCUGGAAAAUCUCGUGCUAUAUCUAUUUUUAUAUGGACUGUACGUGAAAUGAGAAACAGCAAACAGUGGUGGCAGGUGUUACGCCUAUGCUAAUUUAAAAUUAGCAGCAUUUGCAUCUGGCCUCCAGCGCAGCCAAUCAGAAGAAAGCCCAAUAUUUCUCUGUAGCUUUCUCGUAAAAUAGAUUGUUAAAAUGAUAUUUUGAUUAGGGUUUAUUGCUGUUGUUGGUUUUUUUUGUUGUUGUUUCUUCUUAAUUUAGUUUCUAAGGCCCGAGAGUAUGUAAAUAAUGUAUGUUGGGAAAAAAUAUUGAUAUAAAGUUACAUUUUAUUAGAGACCCUGUUAAUUAAAAAAUAUAAUUAGGAUUUUUGAAAAUACAAAAGCUUUUGUAAAUAGUCUUUUUUUUUGGAAAAAGACAUUUUGUAAGUAAAAUGUUGCCGGUUUCAUGGUUUUCUCUUUUUAUUUGACUUUUUUUUCCCCCGUUACGGUUGGUUUUUGAUUAAGGAGACUCAGAGGUCCCUGUACAACGGGUUUUAAAAGGUCAGCCUAAAGCAGCAAAAAGACAUACAAGUCCCUUCACAUACACACACGCUGACACACACUUUAUCCUCCCUGUUUCACAAGGGGAUGGUGGUAUUUUUGCUUUGUUUCAUUUUUAUAAAUGCUGCGAUGGAACCAGGUCAAAUAUUCGAUGACAUAGUUCAUAAAGGAGGAAAAGAGGAGAGAGAGAGUUAUUACUCAAGAAAUGCCUAAAUACACACACAAACACACACACACACACACACACAAACACUCACUCUUAGUGACUGACCCACUGGUCAUACUUCUAGCACACAAUAUACAUAUAUACAUAAACACCAUCAGACACAGGGCAAGCACCAGCAAACUACUUUAACAAAACUAAACCAGCAACAGCUUGUGCAACUAAACUAAUUAUUUAUGUGUGUUUUGUCUGAGCUGUUUAAGGCAGUUCAGGUAUUUAGGAUUGACCUUAGAAGAGCACUUUUUUUUUUAAUUCAUGGCUUUGUUUUUUUACCCAUAGAAAUGCACAUGGGUGCACUGACCCUUCCAGUCAGCUUAUUAAAGUGGAUCAGUCGCGGUAUCACACUGCCACAAAAUGAUUUUCAAGCACAGUAACUUUGUCUUGUUUUCCAGUACAAAUAUCUAAGCAUCUCUUAAAAAAGAUCGAUCUGAACGCAAAAUUACAAUACAUAUAUGUAAUCGUAGUUUCAGAGAAAUCUAAGAGAUUUUAGUGAGAGUAAUUCCUAAAUAAAUACACAGUCCUAAAUAUUCUGAUAUUUUACUGGAAAAAUACAUACUUUAUUUUGCAGUGCAUUAACUAAUGUUAACUCCAAUUUUACCAUUAACAGUGGCUUUUUCUCUACAUGUUUAUCAGCAAAAGCUGUGAAUAGUUUGUGUAGUUUUAUGGAUCAGCACUGCUGUAGUGGGAUCUUUUUCAGAGACUGUCUCUGACUGUUUUGCUGCAGGCUUUUUGCAGCUUCGCUUACACAUUUGGUUCGCGGCACUCUUAACAGCUGUAAGGCAUACGCUUCCUUUGACGUUUGUCUGUACCAUAACAAUAAGGUGAAAAAGAACAGACAGCCAUCUUGUUUUUCAGAUUAGACUUGAUGCGGUCAGACACCUGUGGUAUUGUGUGCAUCUUACUGAUCUAUUAAUAACAUUUCUAAAAUACAUAUUAUAAUGUAUUUGAGGAGAACUUAAAACCUAAGCAAUCAUGCAAACAGAUACACACACACACACACUCGUACACACACUCCCCUCAAGCAAAGAGACAGAUUGGUGGUGACUUUUGACCCUAUAAGGAUUAUCAAAAUAUUAUGAGAGAGACAAAUAAUGAGAAAACCUUUUCUCUGGCCUAGAUCCAUCCCAUCACACACAGUUCAUCCACUCUUGCACGAAAUAUACUUGUUCAUAGAGCAGGUCGGUGCAGUGCUGAGGCCUUAGGCCAACCGCGACUCCCACAAAAAAUGUUCACAAAAAAAGCUUGUGCUGCACAAUGUUUCCUCCUGCUGUUGCUGAUUUUUUUUAUUACUAUUAUUCAGUGAACUACAUUAUUAUUGUUAUAAUUUUCUUUUACUAAGAUUUUGUUGCAGAUUUCAGUAUUAUUGAUUAAAGUUUUGAUGUAUGUGUUGGCAGUUGGCAUUUUUUUGUUUUUGGUAGAAUUCACACAGUGUCCUCAGAGUUCCCCGGUAUAUGACACUAAAGCCAAGAAUCAGCCCUCAGAAAGCGUUUUAAAAGGAUAAAUAAAGUUUUUUCCUAUGGAAA